GCUGUGUGUCAAGUUUUAACCCGCUUGCACUUCUCUUUGGUCCUAAAGCGACCUGUUAAGAAAACAUGUCGCUAACCGCGGCCUGCAGCAGGUCAGCCAUGUCCCUGAGCCGAACUCUGUUUUAUCCGAGAAGCGCCUGCCUGCUGUUCUCUACUAACAUUAGUCCGGCGGGCUCCCAGAAACGACGGAGGAAGCGUCAGAGAGAAGCAGCCCCGGCGGACGGCCUGUCCUGGGAGGAGAGGCUGGCGGACGCGGUCACGCCUCUCUGGAGGCUGAGCUACGACCAGCAGCUGGAGCUCAAGCACGACCACCAGCAGCGGAUCCUGUCCCAACUCUCCGGGUCCGCCGCAGCCAAACCCAGCUUCCCCGUCCUGCCCGUCCUGCCGUCCCCGGUGAGGGACGGCUACCGCAACAAGUCCACGUUCUCUGUCAACAGAGGAGUGGACGGCAACCCCAAAACGGUGGGCCUGUACGUGGGCACGGCCAGGAAGGGCAACAUAGUGUGCGUGAGCGCGGAUCACCUGCUCAACAUGCCCGAGAAGCACACGCUGGUGGCCAGAUGUUACCAGGACUUCAUCCGCCUCUCCUCUCUGGAGCCCUGCCUGCUCUUCCACACCGGGGGCCACUGGAGGGAGGUCACGGUGAGGACCAGCGCGCAGGGACACACCACGGCCAUAGUGUACUUCCACCCGCAGACGCUGAGCGCAGAGGAGGUGGCCGUGCACAAGGCCGAGCUGGUGGACUAUUUCACGCGGGGCCCCGGCUCAGUCUGUCAGCUGGACUCCCUGUUCUUCCAGGAGAGCGCCAUGACUCGCUGCACACACGAGGAGUCGCCCUACCAGCUCCUGCACGGCCGGCCAUACAUGUAUGAGGAGGUGCUGGGCUUCAGGUUCCGCGUGUCCGCCGACGCCUUUUUCCAGGUGAACCCGGCAGCUGCUCAGGUGCUGUACAGCACAGUCAGAGACCUGUGCGCCCCGGCCGCCGAGGACGGAGCAACACAACGGGAGGCGGGAGGUACUCUGCUGGACGUGUGCUGCGGCACGGGCGCCAUGGGCAUUAUCGCAUCCCCCCGAGUGGACAGGGUCAUCGGCGUUGAGCUCAUAGAGCAGGCGGUGAGGGAUGCCGCGCACAACGCGGCUCUCAAUAACGUCACAAACUGCCAGUUUCUCCCAGGUAAGGCGGAGGUGGUGCUUCCUGCUCUGAUGACUCGGCUGGGCUCUGUAGCCGGAGGCCUCACUGCUGUGGUGAACCCGUCCCGCGCCGGCCUCCACCCCAGAGUGGUCCGAGCGCUGAGAAAUCACGCCGCCAUCCGCAGACUGGUCUAUGUUUCCUGCAAACCGGACGGAGAGGCUAUGAGGAACUUCAGGGAGCUUUGCUGUGCCCCCGACGAAGAAAAGAAGCUCAGAGGACCGGCCUUCUCUCCCACUCUGGCUGUGCCUGUGGACAUGUUCCCACAUACCCCUCACUGUGAACUGGUGCUGCUGUUUGAGAGGUAGCACAUAUAUAUAUAUAUAUAUAUAUAUAUAUAUAUAUAUAUAUAUAUAUAUAUAUAUAUAUAUAUAUAUAUAUAUAUAUAUAUAUAUAUAUAUAUAUAUAUAUUCAACCAGGCUGAAUGCAGCUAAUUAAAGCUGAACAGACUUCAAGAUGACAAUGAAUUUACAGUUACAGCUUUCUUUGUAUUACUUUGUGUUACAGCUUUCUGUUUGCAGAACUUUGUGAAAGAUGCUUUAAAGUAUUUAAUUUUUGAUCAAUACACCAUUGUGUUGGCUCAUCGAUUUGCUUUCACUAUGCUGUACGGAGACGAAGCCGAACAUGAUUUGUUUCAUUCUUUUGUUUCCUGCCCAAAGUCCAAAACUGGCACAUGUGAAAUAAAACUGAGAAGCAACAAA